AUGCAAACGAUUCGAAAUCCGCUCUCAAUAUUUCGCGCCAGGUCACGUGAAAGGAGCUCCUCGAUCACAACACAGUCUGAAAAAAGCGAAAAACAAAUAAAUGACUCUAGUGGGAAGAAGAAAACAAGUACUCAAAAGUUGUUCGUAAAACGCGACAAAAAUGCAAGCGAAUGUUUGGCAGAAACUCGAAUCGAGAAAAAAUCAUAUUGCCGCGAGAAAACACAAAAGAGUAUUAUAUUGAAGCAACCAAUGGUGAACUGCACGGAAAGAGUCGAAAAAACGGUUCGCGCACCCAACAAUAACAUGAUGGGCACCAAAUGUGUCGAUUGGAAUUAUAUCCAAGGGGCGAAUCCAAUUGUACCAGGCACAUCGAAAAGUGUGACCGACGAACGGAUUAGGAUGCGACCGGUUGAUCGGUUUUCAACCGAAAUGAUGAUCGCGGAAAUAUUCGCGCCAUUAAGAGAUACUAUAGAAUCCGGCAUUCGCAAAUCGAAAUCUUCGUCUUCCACAGGUUCGAAUGUAAUAAAACCCAAGCAUACACCUUCAAUUCGUUUGGAACAAUGGAAAGCACAGCUCAAUUCAGGAUCAACACGAACUCGAGAUCAUAGUGCUCCUGCUCCAGUCCAACGAUUGACGAUUAAACCACGAACGACCCAAUUGAAUGUGCCAGACGUUCCUCGACCACUUCAUGUCACAAAAUCUGCCAAUAACGCAAUGUUGGCCAUGGAUCAUCGUACAUUACGAGAUAGUAGCUUACGUGGAAGGUCGGGCACAUGGCAACCAGUAUCAACAAAUUUCGAUAAACUGCCAGUUGACUUUGUAACAUCACCGAGAUUUUCUCAGCAGGAAGGUAACAUAUUCCGGCCAAUUGCUUGCAAGCCAAACACAUUAAAUCACAAUGACAGCAACAAAAUUUCAUUUAAAAAAGUGGAACCUUUUCGAAGAAGUGCUUCUAACGAAAGCAACGCGUCAUUAGCCGAACUAUUACAGCUUUACCAUCCUAAAGAUUCAAUGAGGGAAAUGAAUUUGUCAUUACGUUCGAAUGCCAGCAAUUCCCUAUCUUUCCCACUUUCACCUAAUAAUAACAAUAAUAAUAAAACGUUGAUGGCCACUAUGUCGUCGUCAUCGUCUGGAAUUCACGUCACUCCAUCACCCAGCGAUUCUGGAAUUAUUGAUUAUGAAAAUGUCAUAAGAGAUAAGGAAUUGGAAUUGCAAGAAAUUCGCGCAACAAUGGAACAAAAUGAAGAAAUUAUUAUCAAAGUAUAUCAAGACAAAGAAAGGGCAUGGAAAACUGAAUUAGAAGGUCUGAAAGGUCGUUUGUCGGCAUCCGAAAAAGGCGAAAAGGCCUUAAGGGAACAGCUAUCAAAUUGCCAACGACAGAAUGCUGCAAUGACCACUUGCAUGAAGACUUUACAAGAUGAGAAGAAUAAAAUGAUGUCAAGAUGUAUACAAUUGGAGAAAGAGAUAGAACACCUACAAAAUUAUACGAGCCGCAAUGUCUGCCCGAAUUGCUCUAAAAAUCAAAACAAUGAGGAAAAAGAUCUUCGACAGGAAGUGCGGGAUUUGAGACGAGAAGUCGCGAAUUUGAAGAAAGUAGUGGAUGACGGAAUCAAUUACAAAUCUUGA